GCAUUUUCGGCUCCUCCAUCGUCUUUCAUAAACGCCAGGCGCGUGAGGUGGUCGUCAUCCUCUUCCUUCGUUUCCCCGAACAGUGUAGGGUUUCGAUUUCGCAUCAGCUCCAUUCGAUCGCUACCGUCGCCUCUUUCUUCUUCUUCCUCUUCUUCUUCGGAUCCGCCGGAGAAGCCCGCGUCCGUCGAUUCCCGACGUGCGUUCCCAAUUCGCAAAUCGCCGGCCGACGACCGAUUUUGGAGCCCUUCUUGAUCUGGUAUUUCGGCCAAUCACUUCGAUCGGUUUCGCCGCUUCAGCUUUCUUGGAUUCGCUCAGCGAUGAGGGGAUACGAGAGAGAGGAAUACGAAGAUUAUGAUGACUACGAGGAGGAUGGAGGAGAACAGGAGGAGGAAUAUGAAGAGGAGGAGGAAGAAGACCCAAAACCCUCCAAGGAGGAGUUGGAGUUCCUCGAGUAUAGGCAAAGAAGGAAAGAAAGGCUUAGAAAGGAGAAGAUGAAGAAGGAAGGUCCUUCUGCUUUUCAGGACAAAAAGAAGCUUCCGUAUGACAAUUAUGGAUCCUUCUUUGGCCCUUCUAAGCCAGUCAUUGCACAGAGAGUGAUUCAAGAAAGCAAGUCACUUUUGGAGAAUCAACAUUUGGCUACUCGAGUUCUACAGUCACAAUACAAGAAUCAGAAGAGUUCUUCCUCAACAUCUACAGGAUCAAGGCCUGUAGUUCGUGACAAGAUACCUAAAGGAAACAAUGUGGUUAAUCAUAAGGUUCAAAAGCUGAAGGAUACAAGAGACUAUUCUUUUUUGUUUUCUGAUGAUGCUGAACUUCCUGCUCCUGCGAAGCAACCCCCUUCACGAAAUACCUCUGCUCCUACUUCUGAGGCACGGCCAGCUAAAAUGCCAUUGCCAAGCAAACAGGCAUAUGGUAGCAAUGGUAGAAUCCCUCAUAAUGUUCAAGAUGAUAGGAGACCAUCUUCAAUGAAUGGUCAGACAAACUCUAGACCAGGCGCAACUAAGCUCUCAUCUACUACCAAAUCUAAUUCGAUGUUGGCAGCUGACAAAAGGCAGCUUCAUAGUACCAACAGAAAUGGUCCUGGACGGCCUGCAAUGGCAAAUGGGUUGCAACAAAAGAAACCUCUUGCCAUCACGGGGAAGACUUCACAAGUUGCUAAGAUUUCCACUCCAGUGAUGUCCAAACCGCUAGCUGCGAAAAUCCCGUCGCCUGCUUUGAAGCACAAUGUGCAACAGAGAAAGGAUUUUGGGAAUCCCAAUAAGUACAAAAUUGCACCUAAACAGCCAGUUGCUUCAAUAAAGCCUCAGGUGAACAAGCCUCCAAAGCAGAUUUCAUCUGCUGUUAAAUCCCAGGAUCAGAAACCCAAGAAGAAGCCUGAGGAUAAUAGGGCUAUUAGUAGUAUGAUCAGGAAGAUGUUCGGAUAUAAUCCUGGGAGUUUUGCUGGUCGGGAUGACGACAACAGCGACAGCGACAUGGAAGCAAAUUUCGAUGAAAUUAUGAAGGAGGAGAAGAGAAGUGCUAAAAUAGCUAGGAAGGAAGAUGAGGAGCAACAACGCCUAAUCGAGGAGGAGGAGCGACGGGAAGAGAUGAGGAAAAUGGCGAAGAAGCGUAAGCUGAGCCACUGACAUAGCCCCGGUAUUUCGCCUGUCGUAGAUUGUACAUUAUUCUUUGUCAGACAUGAUUAUGUUUUCAAAGAAUAACAUUAAUAACGAUCCUGAUUAUUUCCCCUAGGAAUGAUAAUUUCCUGUGAAGCCUUUUUCUCAUGUUGAGCAUUCUCCUUUUUGGCAA